AUGGACACCUCGACAACAAGGACAUUUUUCCCUUCCAAGGAGCGUAUCAACACUCGUGAGCACUACCUGAAGAUAAAGAAACACUUGGCAGCAAAAAGUGGCAUUAUCUAUCAUCGGGGCGGCACGACGCAUACCAGAGACGAUACAGAUGUGGAAUUGGAUUUUCGCCAAGAAAGCAAUUUCUCAUAUUUGUCCAGCGUGGAAGCAGCUGGAUUUCAUAUUUUCAUGGUGUUGGAAGAAGACACGAUUUACUUGGUUCGACCUGACAGGCCCAAAGCAGAGCAACUCUGGAAAGGCAUACCUGAUCCUGAUGCAGACUUGAUGGAGAAAUAUAAUGUGGAUCACAUUUUGCUAGACACACAACUCAAGGACUUUCUGAAGGAUUUGGAGCCACAAGUAAUUUUUGCAUUGGAUUUUACAGACAUGGAUUACGACAACUACAUCCCAAUCGAAUAUGAGAGCCGAGUAGAUAGGAGUCGUCUCAAAAGCGCUAUUCACGAAGCAAGGCUAACUAAAUUUCCCUGGGAGAUUACCUUACUACGCUACGCAGCACACAUAUCAUCGCAUGCUCAUAUGAGCCUCAUGUCGUAUUGCGGAGAAAAGUACAGACAAAAGCAGGAGAUCAAUGAAGCAGAACUGGAGGCAAAAUUUCGAUGGAUCUGUGGCAAAAAUGGACUUUCAAGGCAAUGUUAUAUUCCAAUCAUAGCAUCUGGCCCAAGAGCAGCCGUUUUACACUACACUGAUAAUGACAAGAGCAUUCCCAAUCAUCAGCAUGCACUUGUACUAGUGGAUGCAGGAGGAGAAUAUCGCUGCUAUGGAAGCGAUGUAACAAGAACCUUCCCAGCGUCCACCAAAUUUUCAGAUGAGGCCAAAACCAUAUACAAUAUUGUACUGAAAGCUCAAAAUGCUGUUUUAUCGAGAUUGAAACCGGGAGUAUUCUGGAAGGACAUGCAUGACUUGGUAGUACGGAUAUUGUGCCAUGAACUGGUAAAGAUAGGCCUUUUGAUUGGUGACGAGACAGAACUAUUACAGUUGGGAGUCUAUCGAGCUUUUUACUUCCAUGGAACGGGACAUAGUGUGGGCUUGGAUUGUCACGAUGUUGGCGGGAAAGAAAUUAGCAUCCUGGACAACACCAGGAAAGGAUCCUCGCUUCUUCUGUUACAGAAGCCAUUGGAUGAGAAUAUGGUGAUCACUGUAGAGCCUGGUCUUUAUUUCAACGAUGUUAGCAUUGAUCUGUGGACAAAAGACUCUACCUAUAAGCCAUAUUUUAACAUGGAUAAAAUUAAUCAAUAUCGGGUAGUCGGUGGCGUCCGUAUUGAGGAUACAGUGCUGAUUACUCAUGACGGUAUCGAGAACUUUACUGUUGUGCCUAAAGAAGUUCAUGACAUUGAAGCAUUAAUGCAACAAUAA